GCCGGGCUAUAUAAGGCGCCGCCCCUCACGGCGCGCGCCCCAGUCACACCUGGACGAGCAGGGAGCGGCAUUGGCGGCGACCGCACAUCGCACACACCGCACCCUCCGCACACCGCACCCACCGCGCCCUCCGCGCCGCAGGCAAAAUGUGCGACAAACCGGACCUCUCGGAGGUGGAGAAAUUCGACAAGAAGAAGCUGAAGAAAACCAACACGGAGGAGAAGAACACGCUGCCCUCCAAGGAGACUAUUGAGCAGGAGAAGGAAUGUGUGAAGUCUUCCUAGGGAGAGAUUGCCUGGCAUGAAGAGCGACUACUCCGAUUACUUUGCUUUGAAAUGAAUCAUGUGGGUUUUUUUAAAUUUACAUCAUGUACAUGUGUAGAAAACAGCUGUAUCACCUAACACACUGUCCCACCCUGCUGGCAGCCUUGGCGGGUGGGGGGACAAAGCGUGGUCCUCUCAGUCCAUCAGUAGCCUGACCCGAUGCCAUCUCUGCUGCUGCUCAGCUGGCUCCUGUGACAGCACUGAUCCUGCUCUGAUGCAGUGGGAAGAUGAGCAAGGGCCAUGGAGGCUUCUGGAGAUGGACCCCUUCUGCCUGGGGGAGUGGGGACCCUUUCUGGCCUGGCCUCACCUCUGGCCUGGGUCUGUCUUGCAUAUUCUUCACUGACAGUGUUCUGUAGCCUCACUCACAGUUUUUUGUCUUCCUUGGGGGAAAAAUGAGAAGUUUAUUAUAAAAUAAAAAAAUGUAAUGACUUA